UGUCUUUAAAAGUUUGGUCUUGGUUGGUUUAUGAUGAUAAUUUCAACUAACGUCAACUUCUUUGUUUUAUUACUUUCCAUUACUCCACCAUGUUAUUAUCAUUAUUAGAACUUUGUUCUCCUUCUAAGCUGUGUUGGGAGUUUAAGGUCUGAGAAAUAUAAAGUUACUGAGAGAAAUAAAGGUAAGCCUGUGAAAGAGGCAACAUUAACAUUCAGGAAUGUAAAAUUUUGGUUUGUUUCAGGUGUUAAUUCUAACCAUGAAGAAAUGUAUCCCAAAUGUACUCUUCUCAAUUUGUCUCAUGAUGGUGUUUGCCGGAUACUGCCUCUGUGGCUGGCUGGUUCUAGGGCCAUACCACUUAAAGUUCCGCUCCUUUUCAUCCACAAUGGAGUGCCUGUACUCCCUCAUCAACGGAGACGACAUGUUUGCCACCUUCUCUUCCACCUCGGGCAAGGAUCCUGUGGUGUGGUGGUUCUCCCGUGUCUACCUCUACUCCUUUAUCUCCCUCUUCAUUUAUGUGAUACUGAGCCUCUUCAUCGCCAUCAUCAUGGAUGCCUAUGAGACGAUCAAGCACUACUAUGAUGUAGGUUUUCCACUCAAUGACCUGAUGAAAUUUGUCCAAGAGUGCACUGAAGAACCUUCAAGUGGAGUUUUCCAGGAUGAGGGUGAACAUACUAUCCAUGAUGUUAUAAACUCCAUCUGUUGCUGUGGCUAUGAGUGAGUAUUAUGGUUUGUUGUAGCUGUUACUUGUGUAUAAUUUUUACAUAAUGCCAAACUAGGGUGAAUAUCACAAUGACCCACUCUUAAAACUGAAUUUAGAGAGAGGGCAACACUGUAUGUACUUGUUCCCAUGUCUGAAGUAAACAAAAAGGUAGUAUACGUCUCCUUUGCUUCUCUCAAAAGUUGUGAGGUAGAAUAUCGUAGAUAAUUUGUUAGAGAAAAGACUGUGCCUAUUUCCACUUGUUUAGUUAGAUUCAUUGGACUGCAUUUGGCUGAUGUGCAAAGGGGCAGGAAGGCACCAUCUUCAUUCAGCACCUUAUUUUCUGCAUUUGUUGGUGGGAAGGUCAAGCAUCAAGAAACAUACAAACACGUGUUUCGAACUACGUGUUUCUCUGCUUCUUGAUGCUGGA